AUGGAGAAGCUGAUACUGUUCGGGCGUUCGCUGGGCUGCGCUGUUGCGGUCGAGCUGGCGACCCGCCACACUGCCAAAGCCGUUUUACUUGAGUCACCGUUCACAUCGGUUGCGGACAUGUCGCGCCGCACACACCCUUUGCUUUCACUAUUGCUGCCGCCCCGUCUGCUUGUGCAGAGCAGGUUUGACUCACUCUCCAAAAUGGGACGCAUCGAAAGCCCUGUGAUGGUGUUGCAUGGCGACAGAGACGACAUAGUUCCAAUUGAGAUGGGGAAGGAACUGUUCGAUGCCGCCAACGAGCCAAAACGCUUCUACGCGAUUCAGGGCGCGGGCCACAACGAUACGCAUCUCGUAGGUGGCGAGCGAUACUUCGCCGCGCUGCGAGAGUUUAUAGAAGGCUGA